GAAGAAACCCGGAACUAUGCGCAGCCGCAGACCCGUAGAAGCAGCGAACCCUCAGCAGACUGUAAGCAGGAGCUGUUCUUCAAAGAUGGCCGACCUCUGGCAGAACGCCAUGGAUCAUGCUGUCGCACUUGCAAGAAGAGCUGGAGAGGUGGUGCGUGAGGCUCUCCAGGACGACAGGAAGGUGAUGACGAAGAGUUCGUCGGUUGAUCUGGUGACACAAACCGACCAGAAGGUGGAGCAACUCAUCAUCCAAUCGGUGAAGGAGAAAUUCCCCACUCACAGCUUCAUAGGGGAGGAGUCUGUCGCUGCAGGUGAACCUUGUGACCUCACUAACGCUCCCACCUGGAUCAUCGACCCCAUUGACGGGACGACGAACUUUGUUCAUGCAUUUCCUUUUGUUGCUGUUUCCAUUGGUUUUUCUGUCAACAAACAGAUGGAGUUCGGUGUGGUCUACAGUUGUUUGGAAGAUAAGAUGUACACAGCGAGGAGGGGCAAUGGGGCGUUUUGUAAUGGAGUCCCUCUGCAGGUUUCUGAUCAGGAAGAUAUUAAACAGUCCAUCAUCACCACAGAGUUUGGAUCCAGCAGAGACCCUGAAGCUGUAGAGAAAAUCUUCUCGAGCCUGAGGAGUAUUCUCUGCAUCCCUGUUCACGGGGUGCGUGGUGCAGGAACUGCAGCCAUCAACAUGUGUCAUGUGGCAUCUGGUUGCGUUGAGGCAUAUUAUGAGAUCGGGAUCCAUGUGUGGGACAUUGCUGCAGGCUCCCUGGUGGUCUCAGAGGCUGGAGGAGUCCUCAUGGACGUGGAGGGAGGAGCAGUGGACCUGAUGUCCAGAAGAGUGGUUGCUGCCAACAGCAAAACCAUUGCUGAGAGGAUCGUCAAAGAGAUCGACAGCUUCAGUCCACCCAGAGACGACGCUGCACCACCUCCAGUCUAACACAAACCCAUUGCGGCUCCAACAACAGAGUUUAUAUGUGAGACAGAUGUUCACUUUGUUAAGCUUGUGAGAAAUAAAGUUUGUCAUGAAAACAAC